AUGGAGCUAGUGGGUGGAGAAUUCUGUUUCCAGUUUCGGGGCCUGGUUCUUUCCAACAGUGCCGGCCCAUCGGACAGGGGCCGUCCGGCGGAGCAGUCGCCACCUCAGGCCUCAGCUGGCCAACUCCAUCACACCUCCCUUUUCAGAAGCCAGCAGAUCUCUAGCUUGGUCUGGAGCAUUCGCACACUGAGAAAGUUGUUAAAGGGGGUGUUGCAGUUCAUGUUCACGCUUCUAUGUCAUAGGCACCUCCUCGUGCAUCACGCAGGCUCCCAGCUGCUGAAGGGACUGUCCGGUGCACCUCUGGCGACCGUGGACGAGGGCCAGGAGCGCGAAGCCACGCCGCCUCCUGCGAAUCUUCCGAAGCCUGCGGAGGAGGAGCAGGAGGAGGAGCCCCAGGAGGUAUCCCAGAGUUUGGAAGGCUACCCAUCACAGACGACGGUCAGUUCCAAAGCGCACCCGGCGCACCACUCGUCGCAGUCGACGAAUGCGCAGCCGAGUCGGCAAAGGCCUCCCGUCCAGCCGGUCCAAGCACGGCCACUGAUGCCGCACGAGCGAGAGGCGCUCUACACCGGCUUGAGCCAAGCUCCCUCAGGGAGCUUAGCUUUUGGACGAUGUUUGCAGGGAAGGAGACCUACUCCUCAAGGAUCGCCUGUGUUCUCGCCGCAGGGGCCCCGCUUCCAGAUCUUUACUUGCUUGGAUGUUGGGAAUGGCAUGGGCGUGCUCUGCAGAGCACGGCAAAAAUGGAUCAGCUGGCGCCUGCUGCAACGCCACAGUCACAGCAAGACAGAGCCCAGCACUGGCGAUGCCACCGGUACGGAUCGGCAGCCCUCGCCCUCCUUUCCGCUGGGGCUGCCCACGCAGCACGGCGGCCGCGGCUGCGUUGCAGAACUGCAGGAAGUGAUUGGGUUGGCUUCCCUGGCCAGGCGAUUCGCAGCCGGUGUCCGGCCCAAUAGGUUCAUUCUCCUGUCUACUGCGAUUCGAAGUUUCGAAGCUGGUGUGGUGGCAUCCAUGAUGCCAUCUAUCAGAGCAGGCCUCCACCUGACCUACACCAGCCAGGGCAACGUUGCUGGUGCACCUGACUACGGCAUCGUUCCCAGCGGCCUUUUGGCCAUGGCAGUCUUCCGCCGCUUCACCGCCUUCUCGGAAGGGGGGGUUACCGACUUGCAGAACAUCUGCGCAUGGACCGUGCAACCGUUGGCAUUUCGGCUGCGAUCACCCAAUAAGCUAUAA